UUUACUUGAACUAUAAAUAUAACAGUUAACCCACAAAAAAAGGAUAUAUUCUUGUGUGGGGUUAUAAGGGAAACAAUAAUACAACUAGUGAUUUUUUAUAUAUCAUAGAGUAUAUACAGACAUUCAUACGUAUACAUAUAUGGAUGAGUCAUAAUUUCAAAUUGAAGAAGAAAUGAUCCCAGUGGAAAACUACUAUUGAUGCCUAAUGAAUUAGAGGAGAUCCCCUCAGGCAUAUCAAGUGAAAAUUUAAUACUAGCUAGCACAAUCCCUGUGGAGCAGGUACCUUCCAUAAAAGAAAGUUCCCAUAUACUCACUUAAAAGUGGUUUGUCAAGUUUGAAUGUUCUCAGAAUGUUUUACUUUCAUUUGAUUUUUCUUUUCUCCAACAUAAGUCAAUAUAAGAAAUAUACGUGUACCAGCAAAUUGAAAUGAGACAUAUAUGAAAUUUGAAAUGAUUGCAUCGAAAAUAUAUCAAAUGAGUAUUGCAUUUCACUACCUAAAUUUGUUUGAUUUUUUACCAUACUAAUAUUCCUUCCGAAAUAUAUGACAGUCAAAUUAUUUUCCAAUCAAAUAUCACAAUGGAAUGCCAGAAUUCACAAAAGGCAAAAUUUUGUUUUUUUAAACAAAUGUAAUGAAAUUUGAGGCUGCAAUGUAAAUGUGGAUCAAUACCUGUAGUAUUCUAAAACCCCGGUUGAUUAUUUCAUUUUGGAUUUGAAAAAAAAUCAUCUUUAUUUCAGCUAAACAAAUAUAUAAUUUGUAACCUUGAUUUCACUAAUACUGUUAUUUUGCAAUAAGGACAUACUCGUAUAUAUGAUAAAUAUAUGUUUACUGAUAAGAAUCACCACUGUAGUAAAAUUCAGUUUACUCUUGAAGUUGACCCAAUAUAACAAACACGUAUAAUAUUUGAACGUGUGAAAAUGAAAAAUUUGUAUUAUUAUAUAUGUAGAAAGUUGUUAUCAAUGACAGACAUAAAAGAAACUGCCACAGCUGUCAACUUUACAUUGAUGAAGCUAAUUUCACUACAAGAGGACAUUAGUAAAGAAGUCCAUAUUAGGCCAUCUAUAGUAAACGAAGACCAGAUUCAAAAUGAACUGAAUUUGUCUUCUGUGAUGGACGUUCUUACUCAGUAUUUAAUGCACAGUUCUAUACAAACAAAGGUAGCUGUUUUGAAAUGGAUAUACGAUUUAUACACCAAACUUCCGAAUAAAAUGGUUGAGUAUAUAGAUAUACUUUUCCCUGCCCUCCAAAAAACUUUAUCAGAUGAAUCUGAUCAAGUUGUCCAACAGUGUCUUGUUGUCAUUGCAGAAGUUAUUUCUUCACCCAAAACGACAAAUUCUAGUGCCAACGGUGACAAUACAUAUUAUUACAAAUUCAUGGUAAGUUUGCUCCUAUCAUUCAGUAUUGACAAAAGACUAUUAGAUGAACGAGGAUCUUUCAUAAUAAGGCAACUCUGUGUUUUACUUAAUGCUGAAGAUAUUUAUAAAACUCUUGCUCAAAUUCUUGUGAAAGAAACUAAUUUCAAGUUUGGAAGUCUCAUGGUAGAACACCUUAAUAUGAUUCUGUUGACAUCAUCAGAACUAUAUGAUAUGAGAAAUAGAUUGAAAGAUUUAAAAACGGAGGAGAGCCGUUCACUGUUUUGUUGUUUGUACGAAACCUGGUGCCACAAUCCCGUUGCCACUGUUGCAUUAUGUUUACUUACCCAAAGCUAUGGUCAUGUUUGUGAUUUGAUAAAACUGUUUGGUAACUUGGAGGUUACAGUAGAUUUUUUAAUGGAAAUAGACAAAUUAGUACAACUUAUUGAAUCUCCUGUUUUUGCAUAUCUGAGGUUAGAUUUAUUGGAAGUACCUUGUGAUAAAAACUUAAUAAGAGCUCUGUAUGGUUUGUUAAUGUUAUUGCCCCAAACAGAAGCGUUCACCACACUCAAAACAAGAUUAGGAUGUAUUCCAAGCUUGCAUAUUUACUGUGAUGACAAUAAAACCGUGGGAAAGAAAUCUGAAUAUGAAAAUUCACUAAUAGAUUUUCAACAGCUUCUGAAACAUUUCAUUCAGGUCCAAGAGAAACACAAAGAAUAUAAAAGAACACAACGAACCAAAGAGAUUUCAUCUUUAGAAAGGGACAUUAACCUUCCAGAUAUAUAAAAGUACCGAUUAUAUAGUUCUAUUUCACUUACAACAAAUACAAUUGAUACUUAUACAUUCCAACUAUAAAAAUAUAUAUAUUAAUUUAUUGAAA